AUGGAUUCGGGUGAGAUUCAGUAUCUCUUCAAAGAGACCCGCUUGAACCUCGAACCUCCCUCCCCGUCCUCUGUCGUGACCAUUCGAGUGCCGUCCGGCUCUGGCAGCAGAGGCCGCCCCAAGCUGUCGUACGAUGCCGAGGACGAGACGACUUUCCGACUGAAGAAUUUGGCGACGGCGGCGUCGAUAUACCGUCGGAAAUGGCACGAUUCGCCGAAGAAUUUCCUGUGGAGGGUGCUGGAGGAGGGUACGCUGCUGAGCAUCCGGGCCGUGGACGUUAGCAAGAAGGACAAGGCGGCUGAUGCGUCUCUGAUUAUCAACUUUCAUUUCACGGUGCCGAUUCAGACAGGUUGCGUUGUGUUUUCGGAUCCGGAAGAGCACGAUGCGUUGUGUGUGCAUGUGCUGGACCAGGCCUGCUACCUAUACACGUUUACUCUGCGACCGGAUCUUUUCAAGAGGAGAGGCGCCGUGGAUGCUGGAUUGCCUGAUAUCUGCAAGGUGCAGUCUCCGGCUGGCCUCAGCUUCAAGUAUCCUCACCGAAUGGUGGCUGUGUCGGCGAAUACGCUUCUUGUUACGGUCAACGAUGGCGGCAUGAUUCGGUUUGACAAGCAAAAGGGAGAUGACGCAUCUACUACGCUAUGGAAAGAAUCCUUCUUCAAUGUCCAAGGAUGGGCACAGAAUCUACGAAGUCUCUUGCCGUUCCAGGGCAAGAAUACGAUCAAGUACGGAAAAGCCAACAUGGAAUACAGCACUGCGACAUCCAUUGAGAUUACCGACUUUGGGCUCGAGAACUGUCUGUUUGCCGUCACCGUUUGCCUCGACCACCGUAUCCGUGUCUGGAAUGCCAAUGACGGCCAGAUUCUGCAGACAAUCGACAUGUUGAACGUUGAGAGGGCUCCCCAAGAUAUCGGCAAGUGGCAAAUCGAUCCAGCACAAUUCAAUCUUACCCGGGUUGUUGGCCAAACUCGGGGCCAGAGAAUCUGUGCUACUUAUUCUCCUAUUGGUCCUGGAGAGUUCAAGAUCUGGAAGAUGGUUGCCAAGGAUGCUCAUCACGUGGUCAUUGAAGAACUCUUUUCUAAAUGCACAUUAAUCCCAAUCACUCCAUCAUCUUCAGAUAUUUGGACGCUCGCAGAUUUCGCGUUGACUUCAACAGAGAAAGGCAAUAGCCUAUGGACGUUAUGGAAAAACAACAUGACGUACCGGGUGCAGCGUCUGGUGCUGGAUCCAGAGAAUAUGGCGCAGUCAUGGGAGGAUAGCUGGGACGGUGUGUAUUUCGAGCCACGAAGUCUCGAUGUACAAACCUCUGGCCCCUGUGACCCUACCGAUGUCACGGAGAAAUGGCUACAGAUGAUUUUGCAACCGGGGAGAUUCACCAAGGCGACGUUGGAAGCGGCGCUGGCCAUAUAUGAGCGCGGAUUAGGUGCUCCAAAGGAGAAUAACAAGGGUCGCCCAUUGGCCGAGUCCAUCUGCUCAGUCUUGGGCUCAACUGCCUCUCUGGAUCGCGCGUCAUCGGGCGAGAUGGAUUAUGAACAGUUCCGAUCGUCAAGCGAGACACAGUGGAGGAGAUUCUACCGGUUGCUGAACGAGCUUGAUAAACAGCGAGGGGAAGCCAUCGGCAUGGUAUUUGACGCCGAUGCCGACAUGGUUUGGGUGGUUUGUGCGGAUCUCAUCUCUUCCGUUCGAGAAUGCAGUCAUUUGGAGCGAGUCUACCACAACUUACCUACGCCGGAUCAAGGGUCUGUGCCACAAGCAGCUCUAAUCGGCGCCGGACUGACGCUUGUGGAAGGGUUCCCGGAUAGUCUGAUGCAACUUUGCAAUGCUGCAUUACGGCCUGAGCUGUUUGGAGAGUCUACUAAGACAGACCUCGAGCGGAUACAAUAUUUCUCAGACAAAGCUGGCUUUUGGAGAGGCAUAACAGAUGAGGAUGCUCAGCAGGUAGUUGAUACGCUGGACACCAAUUUUGCAGCUGUGACAAAUGAUCUCUACCGAAAAGUACUGGGUCUCCUCGUCACCCCGCUAGAUGAUAAGACCCGAAACCCUAACCACCCCCUGACGGAGUUUGGUAGGAAGCUUGUCAUGACGGCGGCCCAAGAGAACAUAUCUCUCCAGUGGAAAGUAUGCUUCAGUCAGCUCAUCCUCCUAGUCCACAUGGAGUUUGAGUUUGACAAUGAAGAAGACGCCCUCCACCACAGGAUAGACGUCGGAACCGUCUUCCGGCAGCUCAUUGCGACAUUGAGGAGGCUGGAGCUUCUCAAGUGGCUAUCACAGACCGAACUGGCCAUUCCGCUACCUGAGCACAGCUUAUCCUCUCUGACAAAGAGGGGAGAAGACGUCCAAGUGGUGACUGCCUUGGAGGCCAAUGUAGGCCAUUUACUGGGCUUGCAGGGGCUGGCGGACGAACCACUUGCCAUUAGCAUCACUGAUCUCGUUACCAAUCUCUGCUCUCCUAAUGGAGAUAUCGAGGUAUCCCCAUCACUCAUCCAGUGUUCCCUCAUCAAGCGUGACAGAGCAGAUCUGGCACUGGAUCUUGAGCCCUUUUGCGACCAAAAUCCCUUUUCGAUCUACAUUCACGGCAGGGUUUUGCUGGCGCUGAAGGACUAUGAGUCGGCAUCUAUCAACUUCAAGAAGGCAGCUGUCGGAAUGGGAAGCGAAACAGUUGAGCUUGAGCGCCAUAGCAGUGGUCUGCUUGACGAUACAGAGUGGAAUCUGUUAAACAGCGGAAUGGCUCAGUACUACUCACACAUUGUCGCCCUGUUUGAAAAGCAGAGAGCGUACUCAUAUGUGGUUGAGUUUGCUCGGCUAUCUGUCCAGUUCACUGGGUCCAAGCCGGAGAAUGCUAGCAUUAAGACUGACAUGCUGAGCCGCCUUUUCAACGCGGCGCUGGCCACAUCCCAGUUCGAGCUGGCCCACACAACACUGCUGUCGAUGAAGGAUGAAGCCUUGAGGCAUUACAACCUGCGGAAACUCGUGGAUAAGAUGUGCGAGACGUAUCACAACUCUGAGCUAGUGACAUUACCUUUCCCUGGAAUGCAGCAGGAGGUCGAUGACAUCCUCGCGCUAAGAUGCAAGACCAUCAUGGACGUCAUGCAUGCGUUCCCAUACCACCAGGUCCUGUACUCGUGGAGGAUCAAGCACAACAACUACCGGGGCGCGGCGUCCGUCAUCCUCGACAAGAUCCAAAAGCUGAGACUGGCUGGGGAGGGAGAUCAGAUUACGGGAGAAGACGUGCUCGACACGCCCGUCACGAAGCAGUACCUGCUGCUCAUCAACGCGCUCAGCUGUGUGGAUGCCAAGCAGGCGUGGAUCUUCGAUGAAGGUGUUCCUGAGGGGGAGAAGGAGGCGAAGAGAAAGGUUGUUACGCUGGCGGAUAUCAGGAAGCAGUACCAGGAUGAGCUGGAUCGGAUUGCCGCGAUCCAGAAUAAUCAGUUUGGAUUCGAGGCGGGCGAUAUAAUGGAUAUUGCGUGA